AUGGAAGAUGAAAGUUGUUGGGUAAGUUAUUUUUCAAUUUUAACUUUCAAAUACAAUAUUUGACACCUUCUGAACUUUGAAAAACAGUUUUUAUACAAAAAAUCGCAUAUUUUGCUAUACCUUCGGUUAAUAUAUAGUUGCCGUAUUUCAGAGAAGCCUUUUAAUAAGGCUAGCCCAACUUGGAAUGAUUGUGUCAGUAAUUGUACUACUCUUUUACCUAACGUCACCUUCAUCUACUGUAAAUCAAUUGUCAGAUGUUGAAGCUUUUAAAGGCCCCAAAUUGAGGUUUAUGAGUUUCAAUUUGUGGUUUACUGGUCAUAUGGUGUCAAAUGGAUUAGAGAAAGUGGCAAAACAUAUAAAGAGGGUUGAUCCUGAUAUUGUCGCUCUUCAAGUGGGUUUUACUUUCCUUUGAUUAUAAUGUCUAUUAUUUUAAAUACUGUAGCAUAAAGGAGGUUUUUCUUGUCACUGGUUUUACGACUAAUAAUAUUAUAUGCACCAAGUAAUAAAAAAAUUAACAUAUAAUAAAACACUAUGUAACAAAGAAAAUCUUAUCACUUUACAGGAAGUUCAGACAGUAUACGAAUUGGACGAACUAAUGGAUUUAUUGGGGCCAGGAUGGUACGGCUCAUUCAGAGGAUGGGCUCAAAGUCCUGGUCAAGCUAUUGUCUCCAAACAUUUGGUGAGAAACCUAAAAAUUUUAUCUUAUUGUUGACUCUUAUUACAAAAAAACAGGAAAGUAGCCUUGUCUUUCUCAUAGUAAACAUAAUUUUGCCAUUUAAGGUAUCAUCUAAGCAUACUCUGAGAGUUCGUAUUUUAAUUUAAUCACGUAUUUAUACGCAACUUUAGCCAAAACUAUGGAUUUUCAGUUAAAUUUUACAAAUUCCUUCCAAUUACAAGCUGGUUUUGGAAUCGAACUCAUUCCAGUCAACAUGAGUAAGGUCAGAGUUGUGGAUAUGCAUUUAAAUGCUAAAAGUUUUGGUAGUUAUGCGGCAAAUAACAAGAUGGUUACAGAAAUGGAACAAAUCUUGGCUGGAGAAGCAGGUAGGGUAGGGUAGGGUAAAGUAGGGUAGGGUGCAAUAAUGUAGGGUGGGGUAAGGUAGGAUCCGGUAAAGUGAGGUAAGGUAGGAUAGAGUAGGGUAGGACAGGAUAAAGCUAAUUUAAAUUUUUCAGACCGUGUAGAGCAAAUCAAAGAGCUUCUAGCUCACGAAACCUUCAAACAAUGGGACGCAGAAAGUGAAACAGUACCAAUCUUGGUAGCCGGUGAUUUCAAUUCGGCUUCCCAUUUGGAUUGGAUGGAAAAUCGAAAGUAAGCAAUAAAGUUUUAUAUGAUUGUAGGUUUAUGACGAAGUUUAAACUAUUUUUUAGAUCUUUUGUUAGUUGUGGCCAAAAAUAAUGAAUAUAUUAUAGAGAAGAACAUGGUGGAUGGGUGGUCGAAUGGCCCACGACCAAGAUUUUAAUGAAUGCUGGCUUCUUGGAUUCAUACAGUGAAAAACACCCUGAUCCAAUUAAGAAACCAGGUAAACCAGCUUCUUAAAACAAUAACGGGCUUACGAGGCUAAGGUAUUGUAUUACUUUUUUUAUUUUACGAAGAAGAUAGAACAGAUAAUAUAAAAAAAUAUGACAAAUUUUGUUUUAAAAUUUGAAUAUUUUUUGCACAAUUUCAACUUUUUAAAGGUAUUUGUUAUCUUCAGGUCAUUCCUGGUCAAUAAUUCAAAAGAACGCGUUUGCAUGGAACUUCACCAUCCCGGAGCCUCAAGAUCGAAUCGACUUUAUCUUCUUCAAGUCCAACUAUUUGGCGGUCAAGGAUUCAUAUCUGUAUGGUGGAGAUGAACCUCAGAAGAUCUGGCCCAAUUAUCAGGAAAACGAUUACCCAAGUGAUCAUUAUGCCAUGGUAACUGACUUUGUCUUCAAAGUUAAUACUAUGUUUGAAUAA